AUGGCACGCCUCAGCGCCGAAAACUUUCGCAGCCCCGAGACACCGCAGUCAACCCGCAAAUCGAGUCGCUUCAAGGACCUUUUCAAAGGCGGCAGCUCGCGCAUGAGCCUGAGCCCCGGUUCCAGCAACGAGUCUCCCAAGACGUCGCCGAGGGGUAGCGAGAACUUGAAACCGGGCUUCAAAAAGGUCGGGUUGCAUCCUUCGGAGCGCGUGGUGAGCGACGAGGGGGAGCGUAAGAAAGAAAGCUUGAGCGCGUCGCUCGCCAGGCAGGAGGAGGAGUUGAAGGAUGUCAGCGUGCCGCAUGGGCUGGAUACCGCACUUCAGGCCAGUGAGGUGAAAAGCCCGCAAGGACUUGCGAAGCCAGUGGUUGAGGAGAGCCUCCCGACAGCCAAGGACGAGCAAUCCAAUGACAUUGUCCCUGAUGAGAUCGCCAAAGCCCUGAAAACCUCCGAGGAAAACAACGAGGGCACAAAGGAUACACAGGUGCAGGAGGUGGUCCCGGACACAGCUGGAGCUCUUCCCAUUGGAGAAGAUGCCGCUGCUGCAAGCAUUUAUGGCACGGCUAUUGCGAAUCCCACUCCUGGUACCCAGUCGGUACUCGAGGAAGACUACGCCACCGCCACUGACAACGAGGACACCGAAUCGACCAUACAAGCGCCAAAGUCCGACGAGAAGAACAAUGGAACUCUUGAGGAUACUCGACUGUUAGCCUCCGCAAUCGCCCACGGAAUACCGCUCUCCGCUAGGAUGCCACCAUCAGACACGAAGAUCGGCACGUUCUACAUCCUCGAUCCGAAGGUGGCUGCCAAUUGCUAUCGUGCUCUGGCUUUCACGUACCUGACCGUCUUCUUCUCUGCGGCACUUGGCGGACCGAAGACCUUCUUUCUCGUCGCAUGGAGGAUUGGAGUCGUGCUGCUUGCGUACGAGCUCAUGCGCCGGAAGUUCAACUGGAAGGAUUCGUUGGCAACGGAUGUAGUGCUUGCACCGGUUCAAGAUGGAUUGGAGGAGGCACAGCAAGUUGUUCAGGAAGUCGUCCAGAUGCUUUGCAAUAUGUUGACCCCAAUCAUUGUGGCUACCAUUCAGGUGGCUGUGGAGGAGUAUGAGAUCUCGAGGUCAGGCUAA